AUGAGAAGCCCAUAACAAAGAAACUCUCUCUCUGUCCAGCGUUGCUCAGAUAACACUCCUCAGUGGAGGUAGAAGCAAAUGGCGACGAGGGCUGUCUGUAAAUCGCAACAGCUCAGAUAUCUCUUCUUCACUCCCACACUAAACAAAUUCAUUCUUCACAAACCCAGUAGCUUCUCUGAUGUUGUAUGCAAGGUUUCCAAUUGGGGAUCAGCUUCUGUGCCACUUUUUGAAAUAAGGUCGUCGCCCCUUUGGGGUACUCUAUGGAUUCAUUCAGGUCGGUUUCUGAACAUGGUUGACAAAGUUGUGGAGCAGCCAGAGCACUCUGGAAGCAGCACAGUUGCUAACGGUGCUGGUGAGGUUAAAAAGAAGAGUAAGAAACUGAAGGGAAAAAGAGCAGUUGUCAGGUGGUUAAAGUUAUUCAGGUUUAAGAAAAAGAAAGAGUAUGAAAGAAUGACAGCAGAAGAGAAAAUUCUGUACAAAAUGAGGAAGGAUCGGAUGUCUAAGCGGCAAAUUGGGACUGUCCGUAGAAUUGAAGACCUCUAUGUGGUGGAGAGCUUGCAUCUGCAUAUGACUACCUCUCCGACUGCAUUUUUCUCUUUUCAUCCAGCACUAUACCUAUACAUGCGUCUUAUGGUGGAUCCUGGAAUCUUUUUAUUCCAGGCUCGAAAGAAAGAGGAAAGGUACGUUGAAGCUCUCAAGAAGAUUGAACCAAAAGAGUCAUCAGAAACAACCCAUGAUCCAGAGAUAUUGACUCCAGAAGAACACUUCUACUUCUUGAAGUUGGGAAUCAAGAGCAAGAAUUAUGUGCCGGUUGGGAGAAGAGGAAUAUACCAGGGUGUAAUCUUAAACAUGCACUUGCAUUGGAAGAAACACCAAACUCUGAAGGUGGUGGUGAAGACAUUUUCACCAGAGGAGGUCAAGGAGAUUGCUGCAGAGCUAGCAAGAUUGAGUGGAGGGAUUGUGCUUGACAUUCAGGAAGAGAACACUAUAAUUAUGUACAGAGGGAAGAACUACUCUCAGCCACCAACAGAGAUAAUGUCGCCUAGGAGCACUCUCUCUAGAAAGAAGGCUUUGGAUAAAUCCAAGUACCGGGAUGGCCUACGAUCUGUUAGGAAAUAUAUUCCAAGACUUGAACAGGACCUUGAGCUGCUUCAUGCAAAAGCUGAAAAUAAAACUAAUAUUGUGGAAGAAACCCUCUCAACUGGCAUUGACAGCGUUGACUCUGGAAACAUUUCUAAACUGCAGUUGGGGGAUUCUGAUAAGUUGAAAUUGCUAAUGGCUAAAAAUGAAGAAUGCCCCGAGUAUGACCCUGCAUCCGAAUCAGGCAUGUGUUCAGAUUCUGAAGAUCUGUCAGAUAUUUUUGAAACAGAUUCUGACACUGAGAAUGAGAAGAAGACAGAACGACCUCUUUACUUGGAUGAGUUUGAAAAGCUCCUGGUACAAACUGAUGAAAUGGAAGAUUUUGAGGAGCACCUGAGUCAAAUGUCUGCAGACCCGGUAAAGGGCAAAUCGGUGGGGAAAGAUGAAGAGUUACCAGACCUCGAUGAGGUCGAUCAGAUGUUUCUACAAGCUGCUUCUCUUUUGAAGAAAAAAAGAAGUAAAAGAUAGUAUUUGUCAUAGCUGAUAGAUUUUUUUGUACUCCCAUUUUCUUUGAAAGGUGCUAACAUUUUCUGUACAUGCUAGAGUUGAAAUGUUCAGCAUUUGAGUAGCUAAGAGGACCUUGUACUAUUUUAAAUUUUAACUCCUACUUUUCUCAGACAAGAUGGUCGUACAUUCUCUUAUUAUCAUUUUUACCAAAUCA